CGCGGUCCUGGGCUGUCUGCGUAAUUUAUUCUUCCUUCUGCGUGUAGGUGUGCCUAGAAAAAUUUCCUUCUCUUUCGGAAUUUCCUACCUUUGCCUGCCACCUCUCACUUCUUCUCUGCCCAUUGAGCCCUGCCCUCUUGUUCGUCUUCGUCAUCAAUCUGCCGCUUACCUAUUCUUUGACGGCACGGCUGACUCUGACUCGACCAAAAUUCCAUCACCGAGAAUCAGUCCUCGAAACGGGCCACACAAGCAAGAAUCCGGCAAAUCCUCUGAUAUUUAUUACCUUAGCCCCAAAGUGGAUUGAGUGCAAAAAAGGAAAGAAGCCAAACGGGUCACCCUCCCACGCCCACCUCCCACACCUUCCCAGUCACCCACCUCACUGAUUUUCAUUUUCGCAUCCACACACACCCCCCAAAAUUUUCAUACCGCGGUGACCUCCAGCUUUCUUGUUCCGCUUCGGCCAAGUCCUCUGUUCUCUUCUCUACUACCUACCCAAGAAGUCGAGGUACUCGUUAAACUCUUACUUAACCUUACCUACUCGACAACGCGAGCAGAAACACAAGCUACUUGCCAUUCGCAGUCACCUGCAUCAAUACCGUACAGUAUCGGAGUAUCCUACCCUUCGUGCCUUCCUUGCACAAAAAGGAAGAAGAAUCCACCGGUACACCACCAUCCCACCCUGGUCUGCUUCCUGCCCACCUUUCCCUUCGUCACCUACCGAUCCAUUAUCCGUCAACCAGGAUUCCGACCAACGGCCAACCUCCCACACUUUCUCCGAAAAAGGCCCUUCAUAAAGACCAAGCCGGAUCCACUCCUCCCAGAAGGGGCGACGUCCAAACCCACUUCUUCCCUUUUUUCCCCCCUCCACCUCUUUGGACGGAGCGACCAUUGCUCAACGGUUCCUGCCUCUCACACCCUCGGCACCCACCCCGGCAAGACCACUUUUUUUUCUUCCCACUCACACACCCCUUCUUUCACACCCCUCUCGGCGGCACCAGGUACCUGACAGCUUUUUUUUUUCUUGCCGAAGAGCAACGCGAGAGAAAAAAAAAUAAAAAGGAUCGGGGCCCAUCUGCUCCACUCCCGACCCUCCCCAAAACCACCUCCAAACGGGAUCAACUGGAGCCUCAUCCCACCACAGAAAGUCCACCUUACAAACAACACCUCUCAGCGCGUGUUGUCUUCUUUGGGUUCGCGACUUCCUUCAUUCGUCUGGCGGAAAGCUUAUCCUAAAGAACUUCUCGACUGUGCAUCACUACACUCGAGUUUACUUCUUUUUUCGCCCUUGCAGCAUCAUCUCAACUGGGUCGGCGACUUGACUGUCCUUGUCCCACAAAAUUUUUACAAGAGACCCUCGACGAGUCCCGUACUGACAGACGUGAGAACGCGUCUCGAUCUCGCAACAAGCAAGCUGCUCUGUGCGCCUUUGUCUCGACAAAAGGCCAACAGACCUGCCGUGGAUAGCAUGGACGCUUCCCAGUACCCUACCAAUGGUAUAAACACGACCUCGGCCUCCUACCCGUCGCCCCCCGCCAUCACGCCUCAUCAACUUCAGCACACCAACUCCCCGCUGCCUCACCAGACUCUGCCGCCUUUGCAGCCGCAGACCUCCGCCGCCAUGAACCAAAUGUACGGCAGCAACCCUCACACACCUCGCACUCCUGCGACGCCCAACACUCCGGGCUCCCAGAACAACAUGCCGCCGUACCAGCCUCAGCAGCAGCAGCAACAGCAGCAGCAGCCUCGCGGUCCCUACCAGCAGAUGGGCCAGUACCCUCCUCCCCCCCAGGCGUACGGCACUCAGUCCAUGCUGCCCCAGACCACGAUGGCUUCUUCUCACCCGCAGCCCAUCGCGCCUGCUCCCGCGUCUGGACGCGUUCCUCCCGUCCUGCGUCCCAUGCCUGCUGGUGGUGUCAUGCCCCAGCCCGGUAUGAACUCUCCCUACGGCCCCGGCGGUGUCAUGCCCGGUGGCAUGGGCGAGGCUGACCAGCCUACACACGUCGUCGGCUCUCAGGGUCGCCGUGGCAUUCUCCCCAGCGCUCCCGGCCGCCCUGCCGCUACUCCCGCUGGCGCCGGCAACACCAAGAGCACUGUGAUCCCGGUCAAGGAUGCCGAUGGCAAGUUCCCUUGCCCUCACUGCACCAAGACCUACUUGCACGCGAAGCACUUGAAGCGUCACCUUCUGCGCCACACGGGCGACCGCCCCUACAUGUGUGUGCUGUGUCGCGACACUUUCUCGCGAAGUGACAUUCUCAAGCGUCACUUCCAGAAGUGCUCCAUUCGCCGAGGUAACCCGACUGGUGCUAGUCACUUGUCUCACCCUCAGGCUCAUGUCAAGAAGAACGCUGCUGCGCAGAAGGCGGCUCUUGGUCAGGAUGGCGGUCUGAACCACCUCAAUGGUCUGGGUAACAUGCCUGCGGAUGGCAUGGUUCAGCCUUUUGGUAUGAUGCCUGUGUCGGACGGAAUGAGCAACCUUGCGAACGAUCAGAGUCAGUUGUCGCGCGCCAGCAGCCUGACUAGGCUUGAUAAUGGCAGUAACCAAGACAGACGGGAUUUGACAGGAUCUGUCAUGGAUGCUUCUGGCCGAGGUGGCAACUUCGAGCAGGCAUACAACGGCAAUGUCCCUAGCUCCAUGACGCCCAAUAUGAAUCAACAGAUGCAAAACUACAAUAUGCCCCCGGGUCAAAAUGGAAUGUCCAUGUAUGGCGGGUCGAACUCGAACCAACAAUCGGGCCUUGAUUGGUCUCAAAUGUUCCAGGCUGGUGCGCAACAAACCUACGCAAAUCAUACUCAAUUCCCCCCUAAUCUUGGACAGACGCAGAUCGCAACCAAACCAGAGCCUAAUACCGGCGUUGAAAGUACAGAAGGUCCCCCUGGCCACUCCAACCACCCCGAUUCCCUAUUUUUCUCGACCUGGGACGUGCCGCCAUCGAUCCAAGACCCUUUUACCCAUCUCUCCAACCAGAUCCUCAACUUCUUUUACCCUCCAGGUUCCCCGAUUACCGAUGAAAGCGCCGGCUUCAACCUAUACUUCUCCGCCGAAAACAUACGCGACUUCUUGGAAAAGUACACUCAUUUCCAUGUCCAUUUUCCCAUUCUCCAUACACCCACCUUCCGUAUCAUGGAAGCCUAUACUGGCUUGUUGGCUGGCAUGUGCUGCAUGGGUGCCUGCUACUCUGACCGUCUUUCCCCAGAUCACGUGCGCGAUAUGAUGAACUUCCUCAAGUCCGCACUUGUUCGCGACGUGCAGUUCCUGGCCAACUCGCUGGGCCAGCAGCAGAAUGGUAACGCUGACGCUGGUGCCUCAAGUAACGGUCAUCGUGACCUUGAGCAACUCCAAGCUGUGAUGCUGCUCCAAAUUCUGCUGAUCUGGAAUAGUACACCGCAGCAUCGUGAGAGCGCUCGUGAGAUUUUCCCAGCCAUGGCGGAGCAGACUCGUCGUCUUCGCCUGUUGGAGGUCUCCACCAGCAUGCCCCUCUUCAGUCCACUGCACCAGAGCAACUUUACCCCUCAGAACUUCGAUGUCUCCACAUUCGAUUGGGGUGUGUGGGUUGAACAGGAAAAGCGGAUACGCCUGAUGCACAUCAUCUUCCUCUGCAACUCCGCCAUGGAACUCUAUUUCAACGCCCAGUCUCAACUCGACAGCUUCGAGAUGCACAUCCCGCUGCCAUCUGAUGAUGCAGCGUGGGACGCACGGACGAAGAAGGAUUGCGAGGACGCUCUGGGCUUACACGGAGAUGAGUUGGCACAGCAAAAGAAUCCAAACGGAACACGGCGCAGCAAGCAACCGGAAAUGGACUAUGCUCUCCAAGCUUUGCUUCACGGAUCCUACCAGAUUCAGCCAGGCAGAACGAAUCUGUACGGAAAGUUCAUCUUGAUCCACGCCAUUCUGUCCUUGAUUCGACGAGCUCAACUGGACGGUAGUGCCGUAAUGAAGGGUUACGCGACUCCACCAAUGAGUGACUGGAUGGUGAAUGGUGGAUCAGAUAAUGGCAUCAACAGCGGCAGGGCAACACCUGUCGAUCCUGCUUUGCAGGGCAUUCCGGUACAUGUGCACGAAUCGUUCCGCAUGGCCCUCCAGAAGUUCAAGACCAACUGGGAUACCGACAUGGUCAACCAAUUCCCUCCUGGAUCAGCGAAGAACGUCCGUAGGUAUGGUUUCUCUAGGGAUGGCAUCCAUUUCUACUGGCUUGCCAAGUACCUUUUGAAGCAUACCCGGUCAUCAGAGCUGCAGAUGGAGUCGGAUGCGCGUUUCAUGCAGGUGAUGCAACUAUUGAAGUCGGUGAAGGCGUGGGUAAUGUCGGAUGGGGCGUCUAGGGGUGAAGACAUGGGAUCGGUUGGAGAGAUCGACAAGGAUUUUGGAGUGUCGAAUCUGACACUCGACAUGGCGCGACUUUUCAAACCUCUUCCGGCGGUGGUGGAGGAUCCCAGAAUACCUUCUGUGCAAACAAACAUCGGCACAACGGGCGGCGGCAUGCUUUGACAUUCACAAAAAAAAACCUACUGCAUUUGGUCGGCGUUUUGUUUCUUUUUACUCAUUUUCAUCUUUUUUCGUUUUGUUUCCUCACGGAUCCGUUCUCAUCAACUCAUAUGCUUUGUUGCGGAAAAGCAUCUCGAUUCCCUCUUGCAUCAAAGCCGGAUUGACGGUGGUUACUUCUGAUAUGCAUCUUGUGGCGGGUGGUUUCAUGCGAUAGACGGGGAGGUGGAGUUGGCACUGCAUUAGACUGCGAUCAGAUAGAACUUGGGAGGCUCUCGGGUGGCACCAGCGGUGGCCCGAUGAGGUUGUCACGAUAUUCAUGGCUUUUCGCUCAUAAUGACUUGUUUCGGCGGUUUGCGUGGCUAGGCUGGUCUGGUCUAAUGUUAGAUGUCUCAAAAUGGGUGGUACUCGUCUUUUUUAUCGCGACAACGAAGAAAAAACAAACGAGAUGCAGAGGCAACACUGCCAGCACAGUUUUUUUCAUUGUUCUUUUGAACUAGUAGCAUGAACUUAGACAUUAGAAUCUGCAAAAAUCGACUUGACUGUAUAAACUCAACAACCAACUAACUACCUUGGCC